GCAUCAGCUGUGGUCAUGAGAACCAGAUGGAGGCUGGGCCACAGGAUGGCAGACAGGCGGCUCCGCUAUCUGCUGCCUCACACACCGUGACGGUAACACGCACGCUGCAGAGCGCUGUUAAAUUAUUGUGACACUUGCUGGUUGAGGGAGCUUCACAGCGGAAGUUUGUCUUUAGUGGAGUCGGGUAGCUUCGCCUGCGGCUUAGAAACGCUGUCAGCUAAAUGAAGUUUAAUAAGCUAACGUUAUAGUCGGCUCUCGUCCAGCAGCUAGCAGUGCUGGCUACAAGUGCCGACCGCCGCCGCCGCCUGUCGCUUUGCUGCGCUCAUAUGGUCAGAAUUAGCUCUGCAGAGAGACAUGCCUUUCUUCGUCGCUCAUAAAUAUAUGGUGACCCACAGAUGAUCCCCGCUAACUCGCGUUGCUGCUUUUCCCACGGAUGUAGGUAACGAAAAUUGAUAGUGUUUAUUUAUUUAUUUAUUUAUUUUUGUGGUCAGUCAAGAUAGCAAUGCGGGCCACAUUGUUUCUGAUCGGCUCCCCGGCUUCGGAUUACUGCACUCCACGGAACUGCUGCGGCGUGAGUUAUCGCGUUUCGCAUAAUGGGUGAUCAUUAUGGAGAUGUCAGGGUUCAGCUCGGGCGGAUGAAAUCACUGGGCGAGGAUGCAGGGAAGGAGGACGUGGAUCCCGACGAAGAGAUGCCCCUGUCUUCUCCCUCCGCCUCACCAGACCCCACCGGCUGCAUCACCGCCGUCCCUGGGACGGAUGCACUGUCCGCCGAUAUUUGCAAGCAGAAGGGGAAAAGAAGCAGCAAGAAUCCUUGUGGGAAACCCUUGCAGGGAUUUCCAGCUCACGCUGUUAAAAACUUCAACAGUCCUCUGUGUGAUCAAACGCUCCACAUCAAGGGGACGGGGAAGAUCCUGCAAGGCAAGUCAGCAGAGAGCAACGGGAAUUACGUCGGCGUCCACGAAUCCAGCAACACGCAGGAACCACGCUGCGAGGAUGAUUUCAAGCUUCCCAGAAAGAGGAGGCCUGUGACGGUGGACACAUCGAAAGCCAAAACCUCCCUGGAAGCCCUGAAGCUGAGCAUCAAGGAGCUGCAGUGGAAAGAGUUUCACACGGGAAGACGUGCAGCAUGUGAUAUCUACUGGCAUGGUGUUUCCUUCCACGACAAUGAAAACAUUGUGUCAGGACAAGUCAACAAGUUUCCAGGGAUGGUGGAGAUGCUGAGGAAGAUCAACCUGAGUAGAGCGGUUCGGACUAUGCAAGAGCUUUUCCCAGAAGAGUAUGACUUUUAUCCGCGCUCCUGGAUCCUGCCAGAAGAGUACCAGCAGUUUUCCACUGAGGUACUGUUGCAGCACCUCCCAAAGAUUCGUAUGGUGAAGGAGAGCGACGCCACGGAGAGCCCGACUUUCAUCGUGAAGCCCGACGGGGGUUCCCAGGGGGAUGGUAUCUACCUGAUCCGUGACCCCGGCGAUCUGAAGCUGGUGGUGGGCGCACAGGCCAAACAAGCGGUGGUUCAAGAAUAUAUCCACAAGCCACUGCUCAUCGACAAGCUCAAAUUCGACAUCCGCCUCUACGUGCUGAUAAAGUCCAUGCAGCCACUGGAGAUCUACAUCGCGAAAGAAGGUCUGACGCGCUUCUGCACUGAACCCUACCAGGAGCCAAGCCAGAAGAAUCUGAGCCGCGUCUUCAUGCACCUGACCAACUACUCGCUCAACGUUCAAAGCGGCAACUAUGUCCACUCAGACAGCCAGAACACGGGCAGCAAGCGGACGCUCUCCAGUGUGCUCUACAGGCUGGCAGCCAAGGGCGUUGACAUCAAACGGGUCUGGUCGGACAUCAUCGCCCUUGUCAUCAAGUCUGUCAUCGCUGUGCUGCCGGACCUUAAAGUCCACUACCAAGCUGAUAUACCGCCUGCUAAGCCAGGACCUACUUGUUUUCAGAUACUGGGCUUCGACAUCCUGCUGAUGAAGAACCUGAAGCCGGUGUUAUUAGAGGUCAACUCCAACCCCAGCAUGAGAAUAGAACAUGAGCAGGAAGUGGCUCCAGGAGUUUUCGAGUACGUUCCCAGUCCCGUAGACGAGCAGGUGAAAGUGGGGGUGAUCAGAGACACGCUGCGCCUCAUGGAUCCCUUCAACAAGAAAUUGACAGCGACUCCUCAACCAAGAGGAGGCGGGUCUGAUCCUCUGGAGGUGAUCCCUGCGGAUGGCGACUCUCUAGACAGGAGUCCAGAUAACGCGGGUAAUCUGCCUCCGCUGUGCUUGAAGCAGGUCUACCCGAAGUACACCAAACAGUUCAGCCACCUGCGGCUGGUGGAGCGAAUCGCCGCUCUCUUCAUACGCUUCCUUGGGGUGAAGGGCAACAUGCGCCUCGGCCCCACUGCCUUCCGAACCUUCAUCAGGACUUGUAAACUGAGCAACAGCAACUUCACCAUGGCCUCAGUGGACAUCUUGUAUAUUGACAUCACACGUCGAUGGUCCUUUGCCCUGGCCGACUCCCGAGAAGCAGGAAUGGGACUGCAGGCGUUCGUGGAAGCCUUUUUCAACCUGGCGGGGCGGCGGUUCAAAUCCCUCACGCUUAGGGAGCAGGUAGUGUCCCUGCUGGACCUGUGCGAGUCUCACCUGGGGCCGCAGUCCGGCGUCGAGGACAGACGCUCUCUGAGCUGCAGCAGGGCGCUGCAGCGGGGCAGCAGGCCCCAGGCACUCUACAUCCCCCACCCUCGGCCCUCCUCUCCGGCCGCGCAGCGGAGGGCCACGAGCCAGGACUGCCGGCCACAUCAAAGACCAAAGCCUCGCACGCUCAGGGCAAACGUGGAGAACUGAUGAGAGGGAACCGGCUGCUCAAAACCCGCUGCAUCGCCUUGAACCCUCUCCACAGGAGCGAGCGAGGAGGGGGGAGAUUAAGGGUCCAUUUCUCCUCCGCAGAGUCUGAGAAGGGCUAGUCGACCCCUGCUGGCUGCCUUGUCGGCGCCCUGCUCUCUGCCUGAUUGCUUUUUUUUUUUUUCUUUUGAGGAGGAAGAUGCCUCAGGGGGGAAACUGAAAUGGUAAUGGAAGCUGGUGGAUUACUCCCUCUCCUCCUUGUGGGAUCACACGUGAACAGUGUGGUCCUGUCAGGAGGAGGAUGUGGCUGCUUUUUAUGUACCGUUUGAUUCUAAAGGGCAGCUACUUGCUUCCCUUCUCUUCUGUCUGACUAUGUCUCCAAUAAAACCUUUAUAGUUUUUUUUUUUUUUCUUUAUGGUUUUUUUCCCCCAGGGAUCAUAGUAGAUACUUUUAUGUAUGUUAAUUCACACAGAUCACACAUAAGUGGUUGUAAGGGAGCAUCCUGUGUAUUAUACACUUCCAUCAUGAUAUCAUUUAAAAUUAAUUUUUUUUGUUUUGUUUUCCAGUAAUUCGUUUAAAUUCUGAAAUAUCAUGUACCUAACAAUAACCCAAAAUGAAGUUUGUCAGAAAAUAAAUUGUAUUGUACUAGCUAUGUCAGGUAAACAUUUACUGUACAUCCAUCACAUGUGUUAAUUUAUUUCAUGAUUCUGUUUGCAUUAGUAACCCCAAACCUCUCUGGGCUUUGCUUAACAACCUCCUUAUUGCUUUAGCACUUUUUCCUCCCACUGAACUUUCCAUGUUAAUAUACUUGGAUAGAGCUGGACCCUUUUUGUCAGAAGUGUCCAAAAAUCACCAAGUUCACAGUGUUGUGGGUCACAAAAAUGAAAAAACUAAAGUCAAAAUGUGCUAUUUAUAUUUCCAAACAUUGAUUGGGAUUUAUGAAUCAUUUGAAACACAAAAUGAGUCUAGGAAUUUUGCCGUGUUACAUGAGUGGCAUACAUAAUAGAUAUUUUAAGUUUUAAUGUAUUUUCAGCAACAGGAGUGUCAUGGCUCACUUUGUCUUCAAAGAAAAAAAAAAACAAAAAAAGCUUGCUGAGUUAAGCUAAGGUUAUUACAUCAGUCACCCAGGUCUUCUUUUGAGUCUGGAUAUUUUUGGGGUUUUUUUUACUUGGUCAUAUGUCAUACUCUGAAUUUGGGUUUUCAUUAGCUGUAAGCCAGGAUGAUCAAAAUAAUCAAGUUCAACAGUUUGAAUUGAAAUACUCAAAGUAUCUUCAGUCAUACACUGAGUUACUGAGAUGCACCUGCAUUAAUGAAUUUGCACAGCAGCUUUGUAUAUGUAUAAUAUUUGCACAGAGGUUGACGAAACGCCGCCCCGGGCUUCUGCGUGCACACACGUUGCGUACGAGUGUGUGUUUAUGCUUGGUACUGUAUUUAUUUGUGUUCAGCUCAGUAGUGAAAAAAAACCUCCUGACAGCAAGUGGCUCAGCUGUUAGUCCUCCAUGAGCCCAUUAGUGACGAGUUAAGUGAAUAAGCUUUCACUUACCCUCUUUCGGUUCAGCAAGCUAUUCCUGUUGGCAGCCUCAGACCUCCCCGUCAGUGACUUUUUAGGUUGAUUACUUUUUAGUGACGUAACUGCCACAGGGCGUGAAUAUUUCAAAAACAAAACGUGGUUGCAUGGCUUAAAAAAUACAUAAAUAAAAAAACACACCAUAUAGUUUCCUAAAGGAGACGUGGGGAACUUUUGCACACUAAAAGUUAUACAGGAAAGCAUGAUGGAUGCCAAGUUUAAAUGUCACUGUUAUAUCAAAACAUUGCAAUGUGUGUUUUCUCACCUUUUGCACCAUUAUUAAGAAUGGAUUUGUCACAUGCAAAUGAAGAAUUAACUAUCUGCAGUGUGGGCAGCUGUGAAAACACAAAGUGGAUUAACCUAAAAGUUUUUGUUUUCUUUUUGCUAUGAAUACUAAACUAGGGCUUGCAUAAUUACAAGUAGAGGGAUAAGGUUUCCUACAGUGUCAACUGUAAACAAGAUGUACUUGCAACACUGGAAAACGUGAAUAAAAUAUUCUGAUUGA